ACUGCUAAUAACAACUUCCUUUAUGAAGGCGAAAACAAUUCGAGCCGAGCGAAACUGAAUAACUAGAUCGGAGCAAUGGCUCACUCGAAAAUGGGACGGAUAAGGUAUCUGGUGUUAAGUGUGUGUCUGCUACAAGCCGCGCUUGCGGUCAAAGUCAAGGUGGUGAUGCACUCCGAGCAGGAGGAGUCCAAGAUGGAGGAGGAAGAGAGUACGCACACUGAGCCGUGGGAUCACAAGAAGAGACUCGAUGUCACCAUGCUACCCUUCAUCAAGACGCGCAAGCAUGGCGACGACAAACAGAUUGAGUUAGACGAAGAAAAGACUACCACUGAAAAACAAAAACAACAACACCCAAACGAAAUGAUUUUUCCGUUAAUUUACCACCAGAGCCACGUCAACAGUAUGUUUAAAUUCGGUGAGAAUUGGUAUACUUGGUCUACUGAGAAAAGAACUGAUGGUUCAAAAGCAAUAAAUUACUACAUUUGCUACGAUGAACCCAAGCGUUGUGACGACAUAGGCUGGGAACGAACGGACGCGCUGCCGAAAUGCGCGUUCCAAAUAGAUUCUCUACUACCGGAUGAUCGAGCCUGCAUCAACAGCUUCGGCGUGGAACCCCAUUCAGGAGGCAUUUGUGACGGUGCUGAACAGAUGAAAGUUGCUGAAAUAGUACGUGCGUGUGGUCCCCGCAUUCGUUCCCUGUGGCGUUUCGUUCGUGUUGGACGCCGGCCGGCUAACGCGGCUAAACCGGCUGACGUCAAUUCACUCAUUUGUGAGGAAGAGGAAGAAUGCUUUAUAACUAUCGAAUACAGGAUACAUCAUGAUCGAAUAACAUUUUCUCUACACGAGCCUACACGAGGGCAGACUUUUAAGAGCGUAUUAAAACGCGAGGUCCCUGUAGAGGAAGAAAAGGUUACAUCAACGACAGAAGUACAUCCUCACGUCUUGCAUCGGAAAAAGGUAACGAGGGAAGAGGAACCAUCCAGGAUCGGUAAUAAGAAGUUCCACUUGAAAAGUAAAAGCAAAGCAGAGGGCAAGGGGAUUGUCAAGGAAAGAAAUGACUCGGGUACCUACGGAAACCGAAGAGCACCUAAGAACAAAAUAAAGGCUCGCAGCGAGACACGACACAGACAUCUGCACGCUUCUACCACCAGUUGGAUGAAAAAUACCCCGACCAUGAAACGAUAUAAAUGGCAUGCGUAUGGAGAGACGAAAUCCAUAAAAUGGAGUCCUUUAGAAUGAUUUUUAAGAAAUAACACACCUCUCAACUAAGCUAUUGUUUCUGCGUUUAACCGUAGAAAAAAUUUUCGACUACCCCCACCACUUUAACCGUUCUGUUCCUAGUCUUGAUAAAAUCUUUCGAUUGGUCUAUGGCAGCAUUGUAGCAUUUCCCAGAAUAGGCACUAGGCAUCUACACUAAUAUUCUACUGAACUCAGAUAUUUAUUUCUAUAUAUCACACAACACAAGCUUUAAUUAUAUUGUUCUCGUGUUCUACAAAAUCAUACAACUCAAACAUUCAUUUAAAUAUUAAUAAACGCGAAUUUAAAGUUUUUAAACGAUUCCCGCCCAUAAUAAACAAAAUUUACCCAGAAGAAACCAUCAUGUUUUUUUAAUAUACAACUUUUUGAUUUGUAUUAUAAAAAUGUACCAUUUUGUAAAUGAAUGCUUGUUAUAGGUCUUGUAAUAAGUGUUCGAGUCAAGUCUAAGUUAGCCUAGAAUGAACGAAAGUGUUGGCUGCGACAUACAUACACAUUUUAAA